CAUCCCCCAGCUGAGCUCCCACUUCUCCCCCUCACCUAACCUGCUCGUGUCCUCAAUCCUGAGUGAGUUAUUCAUUGUUUAAACCUCAGAAGAACACAGGGCCAGCUUCCAUACCACUGUUCCCCUAAGAUCCACUCUUGCGCCAUGGCUGUUCACAGACAAACAUCAAAGAUGGCACUGUACCUUGUUUGGACCCUGAUGGGCUUCAGUCUAAGUGCCCCUCCAGUUACUUCGGGCCCUGGACCAUAUGACCUGGAUAAUUAUGAUGACUCAGACACAUGGAAUCUAAACACGUAUGGAGAGACAUAUGAUUAUGAAGGCCUGGAUGAGGAGACUGAGGUUUGGACGCUGGCUCCUCCUCCAGCAGUCACUCAGCCACCUGCUAUAGUUCCUCCAGAGGACUAUGUGGAGGAAGUGACACUGCCGCCCCGUCCGACAAAGUCAGUUGUCCCUUCCACUCUAGACUUCCAUGGUCCGGGCCUGUUUGGGCCUGACACAGGCUUAGGCAUGCCCUCCUGCCUGCUGUGUGUGUGUAUCAGUGGCAGUGUGUACUGUGAUGACUCAGAUCUGAAUCAGAUUCCCCCUCUCCCUAAAGAAACCACACACUUCUACGCUCGCUUCAACAAGAUCACGGAGAUCAGGGCCACAGACUUCAUCAAUCUCAAUCAGCUAAAAAGGAUCGACCUGAGUGGAAACCAGAUCAGUAAAGUGAACGAGGAUGCUUUUGGUUCAAUGCUUCAGCUUCAGGAUCUCAUAUUGGCUGAUAACAACAUCCAGGGCCUUCCAGAACUCCCAGCUACCCUCAAACACAUUGAUGUUCGCAAUAACCAGCUGAGGAGUUCAGGCAUGCAUGCAGAGGCCUUUAUGAAGAUGAAGGAACUUCAGUUCCUGUACCUGUCAAAUAACAAGUUAGACGACAUUCCUGUACCCCUCCCUGAGAGCCUACGAGUGCUCCACCUGCAGAACAACAAUAUACAGAGCAUAGGCCAAGAUACUUUCUGCAACACCCACGACAUAAACUACAUACGGAAAGCCCUGGAGGACAUCAGGCUUGACGGCAACCCUGUGGACAUCAAUCUUUACGCCAAUGCUUAUGUCUGCUUACCACGACUACCUAUAGGAACUCCAGUCUAGGACAGCGUCCCCCUAUUUUCCGCAGUCUGUGUGUGUAUGUGUGUAUUUUCUGAACUUCAACACUCCUCUGUGACCACAGCAAAAUAAUUUGGAGCAAAAAGAUCAAAUACUUCAACAUAUCAAUGUCUAGGCAAUCAAUAUCUAUCUUUUAAAUUCCAAGUUAGUUCUUAUUUAGCCAGUCACGCUAGGUCGGCAUUUAGUGACACUGCACUCAUUACAGUCCAAGUACAGUCCAAGGCUCUAUUUCAAAAUCCAGUGAGCUACCAUAGGCAUAAUCCUAAAUGAAAAGACAAAAUAAGUGACUUAUUUGCAACCGUCAUAGGCAGCAACACUGCAAAAACAGGAGACACAACUCAGUUGAUUUUAACAGUGUUUGCAGUUAGAAUGUUGCUAAGCUAAUGAACUGUUAGUCAGAUAACCAUAAAUAAGUAGCACACACAAAUAUGUGGUAAAAUAGUCAAUUCAUUAGUCAUGUAUAAAUCAGUUUAACUAUUUCAACCUUUACCUACAAAACUCCAAAAAACAUAGUUAUACAUCAAAUUCACUGCUGUUUCCAGCUGAAAUGAACACUAGAGGCAGUAAAACUCCAACUUUCCUUUUACACAAAUUAUGAGUACAGGGCAGAUUACUUACACUUAUGCAUUUAUCCAAAGCAACUCACAGUGCAUUCAAGCUAUACAUUUUUUUUUACCAGUAUGUACAUUUGCUGGGAAUCAAACCCACAACCUUUUGCACUGCUAAUGCAAUGCUCUAACACUGAGCCACAGGAACUCUAUGGCAAUAAAGAUUAUCAAUAAAUAGAGACUGUGCGCAGUUCUAUCACCACAAAAUACUUUUGCCAUAGCACUUGAUUUAAACUAAUGCAUUUUGACAUUUGCGUCACACAGCCAGCUCUAUGUGCAUGACCUUUCUGAUGUAGUAAACUUGCCCUUAGGCCAAGUUAUUUAUUUUUCAUUGGCUCAAAUUAAAAAAUAUAGAUGUGAAUCACUACCCUAAAUUUUUUUAAUUGGAUGAAUGAAACAUUUUUUUUUUCAGUGUACAACUACAACUGAUUUUCAGUUUUCACCACAAUGUGGCGCCAUUCUACAGUACUUUCCAUAUGCUGUAACAAAUUUCUGCAUUUCUAUAAACACUCAGCUCCAUCUGU